UUUACCCAUAGGCCAUAGCAGCGAAGCGACGAGGAAGUUAAUCCGAAAUGAGAUCCAUUUCGAAACCUCUGAAGUUGUUAAGCAGACUCAGUUUCCACAAACUCCAUUCAGAGACUUCGUUUAACUCAACACCCAAACACACCACCACCACCAACAUCGUUACCUUAUUAUGCAAUUCAUUCAGAAUGAAACAGAAUUGGGACACCCUUACCCACAAAUUCAGUUCCAUCAAAUUAAACCAUUCAUUAGUUGAACAAGUCUUGUUAGAGCUAAAACACCCGACCGACGCAAAAAACGCAUUAAGUUUCUUCCACUGGUCCUCCAAGACGCACAGUUUUCAACACGGACUUCGCUCUUACUCCAUAACCAUCCACCUUUUACUCCAAGCUGGUUUAAUCACCGACGCUAAUGCAUUACUCGAAUCCCUCGUAAACAAACACACCAAAACCCAUACAGUUCGUGCGAUUAUUGAUUCAUUUAUAAACACCUCUGAGUCUGUCUCCGGUUCUCACCUUCCGGUUUUCGAUCUUCUCGUUAAAGCCUAUGCUAAAGCUAGAUUAACGGACGUUGCUUUCGCCGUUUGCCGUUGCGUCGAGGAGUGUGGCUUUUGCGUUAGUUUAUCAAGUUUCAAUGCUCUGCUUUAUGUUGCUCAGAAGGGUAACCGUUUUUCCACCGUUUGGGACGUUUACGGUUACAUGAUUGGGAAAAGAAUUUACCCUAAUGUAGUUACAUUGAGGAUUAUGAUUGAUGCUCUUUGUAAAGAGGGAUUGUUACAAAGGAAUGUGGAUGCCCUGGAUCAAAUUAUCGGUAAGCGAAAUUCGCAUUCUCCUUCGGUUAUUGUUAAUUUGAGUUUGAUAUUGAGAAUGUUAGAAAAGGGAAAUGUGGAAGAAGAAGAUGUUGAUAAUGAGUUAGUUAAGUUAGUUACACUGUUGAAGAGAUUGUUACAGAAGAAUUUGAUUGGUGAUUCUGUUGCUUACUCUUUGAUUGUUCAUGUUAAAAUUAGGUUAGGGAAUUUGGAUUCUGCUUUGGAGAUAUAUGAGGAGAUGGUGAGAAGAGGUUUUAAUGAAAAUUCCUUUGUUCACACGUCGUUUAUACGAGUGUUUUGUGGGAAGGGACGAAUUGAUAAAGCAAUUGAAUUGAUGAAGGAAAUGGAAGCGAAGGGGUUAAGGCCUUAUGGUGAGACUUUUGAAUGUGUUAUCGUUGGAUGCGCGGAUUCGGGACGGUUGAAAGAUUGUUCAAGUUAUUUCGAGGAAAUGUUGUGUGCUGGGUUUGUUCCUAGUUGUUCGUCGUUUGAUAAGAUGGUUGCGAAGCUUUGUGAGAAUGGGGAUGUGGAGAAGGCAAAUGAUUUUUUGACUGUGUUAUUAGAUAAAGGGUUUUUGCCGAGUGAUGAGACUUAUUCUCAUCUGAUUUAUGGUUAUGCUAUAAAGGACGAGGUUCAAGAAGUUCUCAAGAUAUAUUAUGAAAUGGAGUAUAAGUCUAUGUGUCCUGGAUUGUCUGUUUAUUCAUCGAUGAUUAAGUGUUUGUGCCGUUUUGGAAAGCUUGAAGAUUCGGAGAAGUAUUUAAGGAUUAUGAAAGGUCGAUCAUUGGUUCCAAAUGUUAAUAUAUAUGAGACGUUGAUCGCUUGUCACGUGCAGAAGGGAAACAAUGAUAGGGCUCUUCAGCUUCGCAAUGAAAUGGCCUCAUUGGAGUCGCAACAUAGUUAGUGUUCCCAAAAGAGGUGAAGAUAGGAAACCUUUCAGAAGGUGCUCUCGUAAGUGUUGUAUGCGUCAGAGAUGAUUUAUGUUUGAAAACUUGGCUUUGGAUUAUACAUUUUGUAUAGGUGCUUGUCAACUAUUUGCUGUACUAUAUUUCUCGAUUUAAUUUUUUUUAAGGAAAAUUGUUUCAAAGAUUGUGGAGGAAUUGUUGACAU